AUGGACCGACAAGAAAUCAUCGCGACGAACAAGUCGCUGCGCUUGAUCAAGAAUGAACUCGAGCACCUCUUGGAGAAGGGCAUUGUGAAUGACGACGUCUUCGACAACAUCAUGCGCAUUCUGCCCGCCGAGUCCUCCCUAUCCGGCGCAACACCCUCGUCUCGCCAGCCCUCCGUUGCGUCUCCGGUGCCCUCUGCCAACCCCAUCUCGCCGCCGCCCACCUCCGGCCUGGCGAACCUGGCCAUCUCGCAGAACCCGUCCCCGUCCCCGGCACCGCCGGCGUACAACUCCACAGGCCCGCCAUCGCUACCCCAGCGCAACGGCCCGCCGCCGCCUCCGCCGUCCAAGCCCGUCAUCGCACACGCCAAGGCGCUUUACAAGUACACGGCGGCCGAUGACCGCGACCUCAGCUUCGAGCGCGACGACCGCGUCGCCGUCUUCGAGUACAUGAACGACGACUGGUGGAUGGGCAAGAACCAGCGCACGGGGCUCGAGGGCAUCUUCCCCAAGAACUACGUCGAGAUCGACCACUCGGCCGGCGCCGGUGGCUUCCCCGGCGAGAAGGCCGGCUUCUACGCCCCCAGCCAGCCCACCUACGCCAGCCCGGCACCCGGCGGAUACCCGGCGCCGCCGCCCCAGCAGAACCCCUACAACGCAAAUGUCCCGCCCAUGGCCGUCGCCGAGGGCAGCAACGGCCAGCAGGCAUCCGCCGGCGGAAAGGGCGGGGAGAUGGGCAAGAAGUUUGGCAAGAAGCUCGGAAACGCCGCUAUCUUCGGCGCCGGCGCGACGCUGGGUGGAAACUUGGUCAACAGUAUCUUCUAG